UUUUUCGCUCCAAAAAAGGGGGGAAAAUGUCAGUGCGUCUUAUGGAGCAAAUAUGGAGUGGCCGGUCCGGUAUUUCUGCCGCCGCCACCGUGUCAGAAUACCGGGCCGGCCGCUCAGCUCUUCUCUGCAGCAGGACCUUACUUGUUCCUCGGUCCAGUGCUGUACAGUCUUCCCAUGCUGGCAUCUUUAGUGUGGGCACCCGGCUGUGACAGCAUGGUGCCCACUGCGCAUGCGCGUGAAGCGCUGCACUUUGUGAAUGGCCCGGCGACUUCUGGGACCUGUGAUGUGUCCCAGAAAACGCCGGGCCAUUCACAAGCGCUGGGCCAUUCAUAAGCGCAGUGCUUCUCUCUCUUGUCAUUCCCUGUACUGUCUGCAGUCUCUGGUCAUCCCCUGUACUGUCUGCAGUCUCUGGUCAUCCCCUGUACUGUCUGCAGUCUCUGGUCAUCUCCUGUACUGUGUCCGCAGUCUCUGGUCAUCUCCUGUACUAUGUCCACAGUCUCUGGUCAUCUCCUGUAGUACAUCUGCAGUCUCUGGUCAUCUCCUGUACUGUGUCCACAGUCUCUGGUCAUCUCCUGCUCUGUGUCCGCAGUCUCUGGUCAUUCCCUGUACUAUGUCUGCAGUCUCUGGUCAUCUCCUGCACUGUGUCCGCAGUCUCUGGUCAUCUCCUGCACUAUGUCCGCAGUCUCUGGUCAUCUCCUGCACUGUGUCCGCAGUCUCUGGU